AAGCGCGCGCUGCGCCGCCGGCGGGUACCCCCGUACUGCCGUACCGUGUAUGUAGAGUUUGUCACGCAUUGACGGCGUGUUCGAGACUCGAGCCGAAUCCAAAGGCGCUAGGCAGGCAGUUGGAAGUAAAAGUCACACUGUCUGGAGUUUCCGGUGUUUAGUCCUCGGCUGGCUCGGCUAUGGCAGAGAGCGGGGUGUGUGAGCGAAGCCAGGGAGAAGAGUGGGAGGGAGGAGGAGAGAAGAGGGUGGGAGCGGUGAGGCGGAAGAGUGAGGAGGAAGUGUAUACCCUGCUGUUCAAGGAGGUUGACAGUGAGGGGAGAGGGGAGGUGGCAGUGGAGUCUCUGGUGGACUACCUGCACCAGAUACAGCUGGGCUCAGCACAGAGCCAUCAAGAAGAUGUCUAUGACUCUCAUGAAGAUGUGUACCUGGUCAGAUACAACCUGCAGCUAUUGAAGGCCAUGCUCGAAGAGAAGAGUGGCUCCAGUGGACUGGUUGACCUGGCAACAUACUCCCAUGUCAUCAGACUGUGGGUGAAAGAUGUCCGUGACCGUAGCAACCAGCAGCCCUCGCUAGAGGUCUCCCAGAUAUCCUCUGAUUCCGAGGAGGAAGAAGAUUGUGUAUCCACGACAACCCCAAGGCCUCAGCUGUCAUUUGCUGGUGACCAGAGUUUUGAGACCAGUGGUGGCAACUCAUCCACUCACAGUGCUCAUGAGAGUGUCGAUGUGUUGGCCUCUCUGGAGGACAUGAGGCUGGAGAACAGACGACUCCUGGAGAAGGAACGGCAGCUUGAGGCCAACCUCGACCAGUCAGAGGAACAGCUGCGAGCUCUUCAGACCGAGAAUUCAAGCCUCCUCUCCCAGCUACAGAGCAUGCAACAGGAGUUAUUGAAGGUGGAGGUUGUGGAGAGAGAAAAAUCUUCCGUUGCACAGUCAUUGAGAGAAGAAGAGGGAAGAUGUCAGUUACUGCAGGAAUCAGCCGAGAAAAUGAGACUGGAACUGAAUGAGGCCAGGAGAGAGGUGGGAGGUCUGAGGCAGAGUCUGAAGGAAGGGGAGGAGGAGAGAGAGAAGGAACUGCAGGAGACGGCUGGCCUUCACGAACGUCUUGCCGAUAGAGAGGUGACUCUGGGGGAGGAUAGACAGAGGCGAGAGCAGCUGGUCGAACAGCUGGCGGAACUCACUGCUGCACAGAACUCUCUGAGGUCAAAGGUGGCGGAGCUUGAGGAGGGGAAUGCAGUUCUGAGGAGAGAAAAUGAAGAGUUGCAUAGUGCAGCACUCUCUCCUGGCCCGUCCUACAGCACUCCCUACCGUCCCUCUGCCACUCCCUCCCUGCACGAGGAGAUUAGUCGUCGCGGCAACCUGUCUGAUCGAGCUCUCCAAUCACCACUUGUUGGGGUGGAUCAUCGCCAUAGCAACAAGAAAGAGUGCGGUCGUUUGGAGGAUUCCUAUGACAACAGCGACCCCUCCCUCUCUUAUUCCCAUAGCAACCUCUCCCUGGAAGAUUUAGAACACAUUGCUCGUAGCUCGGUACAUACUCUAUUUAAUGCCCACCAUCAUGCAGUAAUGUCCGUUUCUCGUUUAGAGCAACAAGUUCCACUCAAAGACUGAGAUGAUAGUGAGACUGUUGAGUGAGCUGAUGCCUUCUUCCUCUCCUCCCUCUUCCUCCCAGCUCACCUCUCUCAGUUCUGACUCCAUCACUGGUACAGUGGAACCUCUGAUCAGUAGACUACUCACUUGGUUCUGUCUUUACAUUGUUCUGCCUUCUGAUAAGGGACACGUCCAAUGUCCUCAAGGUGUCCCUCAUCAGUGGUUUCUCUCUCCCAUGAUGUAGAGGUGAGUAAGAACAGCAGACAGGGAGGGGGCAACAUGCGGCAACUAGUGACCUGUGUGAAGAGACUCUACAGAGACAAGAAACAGCUGAAGGCACAGGUGGAGGAACUGCAGGUAAGACUUCAAGAGCUGUCGGAGAGAGAUGAGGCGGAUGCAGCUGUGCAGACUCAGGCCACACCCCCUAGGGCUGAGACCACACCUCCUCUGACUGCAGUAGCCACACCUAUGACUGAUAACACAGUACAACGCCAUAGACCUCUUGCCAGCUGUUCGAGAUUUGUGGGUGGAGUUGUGAGGGGUGUGGUCUGGGCUCUGUACCUCUCUCUUCUUCUGCUGCUGCUAUGUACCAUACUCGUAUGGCUUCAUCAGCAUCUCACCCCCUGUUGCCGUGGCAAUGGACCCCUGACCCCAGGUGGCAUGGUUUGGGCACUGCUAGAGCCACACGUCACUGUUUCUCACCAUGGACACAUUUAGUUACUAUAUUAUAUACCCGUCACCAUCACUAGUUCCUCAUUCACAUAAUUAUAAAACAAUCACUUUUCCCCUCAUAACACCACCAUAAUUAUGAAGAUAGAUUGUCAGGA